AAAAAUCAAUGGCGUUACGUGGCCCAUGUUUCUUGUCUUUGCAUAUUCUAUAUUGAAAUGGGCUUCAUUCUUUAACUCGCUGAUCACCAAAAACUCUCUCCCUGCAAAUUACACACUGAUCUAGAAACAACAAAAUGGCAACCCAAGCUCUGGUUUCAUCUUCCUCUCUAACUUCAUCAAUAGAAUCUGCAAGACAGAUUCUAGGAAGCCGACCAUUCCAAUCUCCAUUUGGGUCUUCAAGGAAAUCAGCUUCCUUUGUAGUCAGAGCCGCCUCUACCCCUCCUGUCAAGCAAGGAGCAGAUAGACCCUUGUGGUUUGCAUCCAAACAGAGCCUUUCUUACUUGGAUGGAAGUCUUCCAGGUGAUUAUGGAUUCGACCCACUGGGUCUCUCAGACCCAGAAGGAACGGGAGGGUUCAUAGAGCCAAAAUGGUUAGCCUACGGCGAGGUAAUCAACGGUCGCUACGCUAUGCUCGGUGCCGUGGGAGCUAUAGCGCCGGAGAUUCUGGGAAAACUGGGUCUAAUCCCUGAAGAAACAGCGCUUCCGUGGUUCAAAACUGGCGUGAUUCCACCAGCUGGAACAUACGACUACUGGGCAGACCCUUACACACUCUUCGUCUUCGAGAUGGCUCUGAUGGGUUUCGCAGAGCACAGGAGGUUCCAAGACUGGGCUAAACCAGGUUCCAUGGGUAAGCAAUAUUUCUUGGGCUUGGAGAAAUACUUGGGUGGUUCGGGUGACCCGGCAUACCCAGGUGGACCCCUGUUUAACCCACUUGGGUUUGGUAAAGAUGAGAAAUCUCUCAAGGAUUUGAAGCUCAAGGAGGUUAAGAAUGGAAGAUUGGCUAUGUUGGCAAUUUUGGGUUACUUUAUACAGGGACUUGUUACUGGUGUUGGUCCAUACCAGAACCUGCUAGAUCAUUUGGCUGAUCCUGUCAACAACAAUGUCUUAACCAGUCUCAAAUUCCAUUAGAUUUUAUGAACCCAAAAAAACAAAAACAAAAAAAAAUGAUCUGUAUGAUAAUUUAAAUUUAAUUAGUACUUUGUACCUUUUGUUGCUUUUGCUUCAACUUUGGGUCUCUCUUUUUUUCUUUCCUUAAUUUUCUUCUUUUUUGUUCUGAGAAAAAAAAACUGUAAGAAAAUGACUUUGUUAAAAGAAGUAAGUAUAGAUCGAUCUUGCUAAAUGCGUUUUUA